CCCCAUCACCAGUGGGGUGUCUGGCUGUGUCCGUGCCCCUGCAAAGCAGAAACCACAAGGUGUUUCUUCCCAUUGUGUCAGUGGGAUCUCAGCUGUGCCCUGAGCCCGGGGUUUACGGGAGGUAAAGGAGCUGAGGGUGCAGCAUCACCAAAUCCACCUGCCGCCGGUGUCGGCACAACCAAACCAUCGCGAGCGGGAGGACCAGACCUCGCGGGGCUCUCCAUCCCCGACCCACGUUGAGCAGUGCUCGGGCACGUUUUGCUCUGCCCCACGAGCACCGCUAGCAGGUGAGAGGGGAGGAAGAGCCGCUUGCUUUUGGUUUUCGAACCUUCGUCUUCAUUUCACAUCAUGAGUCAUGUUACGUUCUGAGCUGAGUAACUGCUGGGGCUAUUUUUACUCCAGCUCGGCAAGCUUCCUUCUCGCUGCCGCCGCCGCCGCCGCUGCUCGCCGCGGACCCAGGGGCAAAGGAUGGGGACACGAGAUGCAAGCUAUUAAAGCCGUAUCUCUCCCCAGAGCAAGUGUUGCAAGGGAAGGACAUGAGGCGAGCUGAGGAAUACGGGCUCCUGACUGCAACAGCGAGAACCCAGGGCAAGAAAAAUAACAAACUCUGGAGCUGGGAACUCCUCUCUUAUCUCUGGUUGAGGAGGAAGGAAUUUCUGUCCCCAUUCCUCACGCGAUAUUCAAGCCACUUUAUAAGGAAUAUUAUAGCGUUAGCCAUUUAUAAUUAAUUAAUCAUUCAAAUUAACACACUUUUAUUUUGUCAGCGAGGAGCUGCUGCUCCCUCGCUAGAUUUUUCGCCUUGAUACCCGGCCAAGAGGAGGAUGGCAAGUUAUGCUCCACCCAUCUCUCCUUUAUAAAAGCAGCAGCCCCGAGUGCCAGUUUAGUCUCUCUUUCAGCUCGCAGACUAAAAUAAAGAUCCACCGGCUCGCUCUCCUCCCAUUGCAUUUCACCUUGUCGGUUUUCUCCUCUCUUGCUGCAGCAGGGUGCGGGAGGCGGCUGGGCUCUGAGGCUUGUCAAGGCUCAGCGCACGCACGCACACAGGCGCAGUCUGCAGAAAAAAAAAAAAAAAACAAAAAAACAAAAACAACCCAAACCCAGGCAUUUGCUCUCACCUGUCUCCAAAACCAAAGCAAAACCUCGCGGCCAAGCCUGCUGCCAGCGUCGCAGAACAGAAGGCACCAAAGCCAGCGCUUAACCUAAGGGGAAGAAAUCCAGUUUACAACUUUUCUCGAAGAAAACGAGAAGGCGCGAGGAAGAAAAAGAGAAAUUAAAAAGAGAAAAUAGAAAGAGACAUCGAGGAAGAUUUGAUUUUUGGAUUUGGCACCAAACUUUGGGAAAGUUUAUUAUUAUUACUAUUGUUAUUACUCCGUGCAUUUUUUUUUUCCCCCUAAGAACAUUGAGGCGUCGCUACCCGUCCGCAAAAGCUUUUCUCCUUAAACACGCAUGCAUUUGCAAAAGGAAGAAGACCGAGAGGAGCAAUAGCAUGCGGACCACCUGGUAGAGGAGCAGCCACCGAGGCACCGCCGGCGGCACGGGGGGACGCGGACCCUUGGAUGCCCGUCACCCGGAGGGACCGCGGCUUGUCCCCAGCCGCCUUAUGAGAUAGCAAAGCGGCCGAGGAGCCACCGAGACCCUCCUCAGCCCCCUCGCCCCUCUUCGCAGAGCUCCCGCAGCGCCGAGGGGCGAUGGGGACGCGCGGAGCCUGAGGCCGGGCCGCCGCGGGGGGCUGUCAGCUUCCAGCGCUUCCCUGCCUGCCGGGGCUCUCCGUCCAUGUGCCCGCAGCCGGCGGGGCCUGAAGCCGGGAUGAAUUUCGGCGUGCUCUUGGCGUUCGUCCUCUCCCUGCCCCUGGCCCGCCUGGAGGGGGACCCCAUACCCGAAGACAUUUAUGAGAUUUUGGGUGACAGCUCAGUGCGCUCCAUCAGCGACCUCCAGCGUGCCCUGCGGAUAGACUCCGUAGAGGAGGAUAGCUCCAGCCUGGACCUGAAUGCAACUCAUCCCGGUCCAAACCCCGCGUCCCUGGCUCGAGAGAGACGAAGCCUGGAUGCUCUGGCAGCGGCAGAGCCAGCUGUCCUCGCGGAGUGCAAGACGCGGGCGGUGGUCUUCGAAAUCUCCCGCACCAUGGUGGACAGCACCAACGCCAACUUCGUGGUGUGGCCGCCCUGCGUGGAGGUGCAGCGCUGCUCCGGCUGCUGCAACAACCGCAACGUGCAGUGUCGCCCCACGCAGAUCCGCGUCCGGCACGUCCAGGUGAACAAGAUCGAAUUUGUCCAGAAGAAGCCAAAAUUCAAAAAAGUCGUCGUGCCUUUGGAGGAUCACGUGCAGUGCCGGUGUGAAGCGGUGUCCCGCCCGCCCCCCAGGAGCAGCCGGCCAGCGCCACGUGAGCAGAAACGCUUGUCACCGUCGUUCACCACAGCCGCUGUCUCGCAGAGGAAGCGGGUACGCCGGCCGCCAGCACAGAAGAGAAAACAUAAGAAGUACAAGCAUGUCAACGAUAAGAAAGUGCUGAAAGAAAUCCUCGUAGCAUAGAAGUGCUGGCAGGGGAGAGAGAGCACAAAGCAGGUUUAUUUAAUAUAUUUGCUGUAUUGCCCCCAUGGGGUCCUUGGAGUGAUAACUUUUCCUCUUUGUCCGUCUGCCUCAACGACUGAUUCAGGCGGCAAAUGGUGCUUCCCUUUCCAUCAGUGGACCUUCUCCCACCAAAGCCUCUCCCUCCUUUCAUUUAUUAACGAUAUAAAUUUUUAGAAAAAAAAGAAAAAGAAAAAGAAAAAAAGACAAACACAGCAUAUAUAUAUAAAUAUAUAUAUAUAUGAGAAAAGAACAAAGUACAAAUGAAACCGUGAUCCCCGACAGCCACAACACGCGACGAGGACAGGACAAUGCCUUCCCUGCUCCAGAGGACGGGAUGGAAAAUGUGAAAAGGAAAGUGGGUCCAAUUUCUUCCGAGGGGAGGAGAAAAACAAACGGACAGAGGGAGGAAGGGGCAUACUCCUCCUUCUCCUUGUGUUUCUGGUAAGGCUGGGGGGCCCGGCUGAGAUCCACACUUGCACUGGACCUACGUUUUGCAAACAGGCAUAUCUCAGACUGCGAGCGGCAGCCGACGAUGGAAAAUGCACUAAGGACUUUUAUUGCCCUACCUGGACAGAUAUAUAUUUUUAACGUGCGUGCGUAUAUUUUAUUUUAAAAAAAAAAAAAAAAAAGAAAAACCAAAACCACUAAAACACACAACAUCUCGGGGAACAGAAAAAAAAAAAGAAAGAAAAAGCAACCACCACCACGAAAACAAAACCAAGAAGCCAAAUGCAUUCCCCCCCUCCCUUUCCCCUCCUGCUCCUGGUGCUGACUGGAAGGUGUUUGGAUCGUGGGGAAGGAGCAGACGGCGGCAGACUCGCCUCCACGCCCCCGGCCCCUCACGAGGGGAGCCAUCUUUGCACAUGCUGGUGGAGAACUCAACUUUCCAGGCUCGGACUCAGAUCUAUUUUUUAAAAUUCGCUCCGUAUGUGUGCGCGUGUAUAUGUGUGUAUAUCUAUACAUGUGUUUGCGUGUGUGUGUGUAUUUAUACAUGCAUAUAUAAAUAUAUAUAUAUAUAUGUUCUUAAACGGAUUUCAUUCCCCAGCGGCAGGGAGCUCGGAGGGGGCACGCGUGCGUCAGCUCCGUCGGGCUGGAAGAACAGCGCCCUGUGUCUGCAGCAUUACUCAGUGCCCGCGAGGCCUGGGACGGGACGGGCAGACUCCCCGUCUGAUCUCUCCCCAUCUCGUUGCCCUUUUCUCUCGCUCCCCACCAACCCCCCGUCGCAACUUCCUUGCAGGAGGCGAAGCGGCAGCACAACAAGGCCAGCAACAGCCAAACUUAGAAGCAUGACUUAAUCUCAGUGAGCUGUCCUUGCCUGCUCUGUGGUCCUGAAAGCAGAAUCAUGUCAUUCCCCCGAGCUUUUUAACCCCUUCGCGGGCAUCCUGCGCACCGCGCCAUCGGUGCUUUUGCCCUGCGAGUGGCCCUGGCUCUCCCGUCUUUUCCCUCACAUUUUCCCUCUCAGAUUCCUUCUGGAUUUUACCCAUUAGCUGUUGCAAGCCCACUUAGCUUGGAAGUCGAUCCAAGCCGUGGGCAGCUCCGUGUAGGUGUAGAGAAAGGCAUGAGCACGGCCUUCAUGGCUGGCAGCAGCGAUCUGAGACAGAAAUGAGCCUGGGGAGGACCCGGAGCCCAACCGGGUGGGCGGUGGCAGAGGGAGACGGGCUCUGUUUGCAGGGGCCAGCUGCACACCCCUUAGUCAUCGCCAGAAAGGUUACACACCAGAAAUGUUACACACAAUGGGAAUUCCCAGCGGCACCGCGGGAAUCCCGCUCUCUGAUCCCGCCGGGUGCUGUGGAGUUGCACACGAAGCUGAGCUCGAGCUGCCCCACCAGCCACUUCUCCCCACGCUCGCAGCCCCAUGGCAGAGCAAAACCCCAGAGGAAGCUGGGGAAGGAGGCAAAGACACAACUUGG